GGAAAGGUUUGGUUUUACGCACCAGACACAGAUGCUUCAGUCAGUGAAAACCAGUCAGUUUUCAGCUCGCAGGAGUCCACGGAGGAUUUAAUUACCUGUCAUUUUAUACACCCGAGCAGCGCAAGCGGUCAAACCUCUCAGAUCCUGCAGAGACGGAGUCUCUUGUGAGCAUCUCCAGAGGCUGCUGAUGCGCAAAGAGAGAUUACAAAUUUUCUUCUGGAGACUCAGCAAACCCCACCUCCGGCACCGCUCAUAGUUUCCAUCACCGCACACCAUCCCCACACCACCAUCAUGUUCCAAUCCAUUUGGAUGAAAUUAAUACAUUCAUUGAAACUAUCCAGCUCUGGUUGCAUUCUCCCUCCUGAAGAAAUAUGAAUGAGGUCAGCCAGAGAAAGACAUCAUGAGUGACCAGUUCGACUGCAAAAACUGCAACGAGUCCCUGUGCGGACGCAAAUACAUCCAGGUGGAGGACAACCCUCACUGCAUUCCCUGCUACGACCGUCUGUAUGCCAACACCUGCCAGGAAUGUAAAGAAAUCAUUGGGCAUAAUGCCAAGGAGCUCUUCUAUGAGAAUAGACAUUACCACGUGCACUGUUUUCGCUGUUUCCGCUGCGACCGUUCUCUGGCAGAUGAGCCCUUCACCAGCCAGGAAGACGCACUGGUGUGCAGCGACUGCUACUGCAACGAGUUUUCCUCCAAGUGCGUGGCCUGCGAUAAGACAGUCAUGCCAGGAUCGAAGAUGUUGGAGUACGGCGGCUCCUCGUGGCACGAGGACUGUUUUGUGUGUCACGGCUGUGAGAAGCCGAUCGGUGCCGAGGCCUUCAUCCCAGACAACAACAACUACUACUGUGUGCCGUGCUACGAGGGCAGGUUUGCUCCUCAGUGCAGCCACUGCAAAAAGGCUCUGACUAAAGGAGGGGUGACCUACAAGGACGAGGUGUGGCACAAAGAGUGUUUUCUCUGCACGGGCUGUAAAGCUCCGCUGGCUGGCCAACCCUUCACCUCGCAGGGGGAAAGUCCGUACUGUGUCAAGUGUUUCAGCAGCCUGUACGCCAAAAAGUGUGCCGGCUGCAACACAGCCAUCACAGGGUUUGGAGAUGGGAAGUAUGUUUCUUUUGAGGACCGACAGUGGCACCAGCCAUGCUUUAAGUGUUCGCGCUGCUCUGUGUCGCUGGUGGGCUCCGGCUUCUUCCCCGACCGCGACCAGAUUCUGUGUACAGACUGCAACAACGACGACUGACCACCGCUAACUACACCUGCAACACCUGCACCUGGCGCAGCAAAUACCAAACACUGCUGACACCAGCAGAAAAACUUCUAAACCUCAGCCUUGCACAUGAACGCUGCAAUAUUACUAAUUCACUCACAGUGUAAAGCUGAUACAAUACAAAGCUCAGUAUUUACAACUCAAAACUCUCGUCAGCAUUUAACACAUUGAAAUUCUGCAGAAAUGCCCUGUGAUGUAUGUGUAUGACUUUGUUUUUCUUUAUUUUAUAUGUUUUGUACAUCAAAGACUAAAUAAAAUACACAAAAGAUACAUGUAAACCUUUAAACGGUUUGUUCAUUCAUAAAGGUGGUAAUACAUCAUACACAUCAACACUUUUUUUCAUGACGGCUAGAUAGAACCAAAACUUUAAUGUUAUGUCCUAUGCUUGGCAGAUAUAUUUCAAUAUUCAAUUUAUAAAGCUGCCCUUCUUCUUCUCCUCCAACUACUUGCUGUAUGUAAACUUAUUUGUUGAAAAUGAACUGUUGCAAAAACUUACAACUGUUUUCUUUUCAGCUUAAAACAAUCUUUACUUGUGUACAUGCAAUAAAAAUGUCAUAAAACAAA